UCGUGAACGCGAUGCGCACUCAUCAAGGUAGCGCGCUUCUACUUCCAGCCGUCUUGUGAGCAUGCGCGUGUUUCUUUGAGCGCUCUGCUGGCUUUUUUUCCUCCCCCUUCGAUUUUUUUCUUGCUGUGGUUUUAACAUCACGUCCCUGCUGUGCUGAGUGUGUGGGCGUGCAUGUGUUUGUUUCCAGCCCUCACCACCACCACCAUCAGGCGGGCAGCUCUCAACUGCGGGCUUUCUUGCUGCAUCCACCCCGCCGAAGCAACAAAACGAAAAUAAAGACACAAGAGUUCCCAAGUGUCAGCGCACGUCUCAGAAAGAGUGAAAAUCCAAAGUUCUGACCACGGACCUCGCUCCAGAGGACGGCAGCAGCUCGCCUGGCUCAGCAGCACCCGCCCCCAUGUCUCUUUGAGUCGGGACCCGGACCCACCGUGGCCCAUGCGCUGUACCCGUUUCCCUCCCCGUCCUCCUCCUCCCGCAAGCUGACGCAGAACCCCAGGCACCUCCCUCCCCUCCCCCACCCCCACUCGGUCGCCAGCGACUCGCCGCCGCCCGCCAUGGCGCCCGGCACCGAGACGGUCCACUACAUCCACCUGCACAACUCCAGCCAGUCGGUGCUGGAGGCCCUGCGCACCCAACGGCGCGAGGGCCUCUUCUGCGACGUGACGGUGCGCAUCCACGACGCCUCGUUGCGGGCCCACGCCUGCGUCCUGGCGGCCGGCAGCCCCUUCUUCCAGGACAAGCUGCUCCUGGGCCACUCGGAGAUUUCCGUGCCACCCCUGGUUCCCGCCGAAACGGUCAAGCAGCUGGUGGACUUUAUGUACAGCGGCUCGCUGGUGGUGCUCCAGUCACAGGCGCUCUGCAUCCUCACCGCCGCCAGCAUCCUGCAGAUCAAGACGGUUAUCGACGAGUGCACGCAGAUCAUCUCGCAGAGGAAGGCGGCGAGUGCCGCCGCUGCGGCGGCCGCGGCAGCCGCUGCUGCUGCGGCGGCAGCCGGCGGGGGGAUGCUGGGCGGCGUCCUCCCCAAGCAAGAGGAGCGCGGUGGCGGGGGGAAAGGGAGGGAGAGUGGCGGGAGCUGCUCAGGCGGCGGCAGCGGAGGAUACUCCAACUUCCCCAACUUUAUGGUGGAGUGUAGCGCCAGUAAUAUGGGCGGAGAGAGCGGGCCCGCCGGCCCCAGGGUUCCGUCGCAAGUAUGGAAAGAACCCUGCGGCCCCAUGGAGCAGGCCAACAAUCUGAUGACGCUGGGCGACAUGGGCGCGGCGGUGUCCCUGUGCGGAGGCGGCGGCGAGGCUUUGGGCGGCGGCCUCAUGAAGCAGAGCCCCAGCUGCACGCAGGACGUUCGCUACAAGCUACGCGACCUGCUGGCGCAGACGGCCGACAACGGGGGCGCCGCCCAAGCCGGCAGCCUGUCGGCGAGCUGCAGCUCCGGCGUGGACAGCGUCGGGAGGGACGGUCUCCGCGGCAACGCCACCGACCUCUCCGACGACCUGGUGGGCAUGGAGCACUUCAGCGAGGAGGAAGACUUGGACGGCAGGGAGCGCGGCAGAGACGGAGACCGGGACAGGGGGGCCGGACACAGCCGCAAGCAGAGGCAGCCGCUCAGACUACAGGUGCUGGGAGGCGAGGGCGUGGUGGUGAAAGACGAGGGCGCGCAGGCCGCCGCCGGGACGGCCUUCGCCCUGGAGGACGGCCGGCGGGACGGAGAGCAGGGAGGACCCCAGGGAGCCAUGGCGGGCUUCGGACAGGACUUCUACGAUGAGCAGGGCGUCUUCACCGAGAGCUUCUGGACGCAGAGCGAGCCUCCUCAAGCCAUGGGGUUUAAUCCCAGAGGACGGGUCAGCAAGCCUCUGACUCCGCCCCCGACCUCGCAGUCCAUCAAUAACCAGCUUCUUUUCCAGUACCCGGUCAGCCAGUCGCAGCCGCAGCCGUUCUACAUGGGUGGGAUGGACACCAUGGCGGGGGCGGAGCCCAACCAACAGGCGCCGCCGGCCCCCAUGACACCGGCGCCGCCCCCCGCCACCAACACGGCCACCGCCGUGCCCGCCGCCUGCUCUUCGGGCCCCUCGCCUUCCUCCCAAGGAUCCGAGACCUCCUUUGACUGCACGCACUGUGGCAAAUCGUUACGUUCCAGGAAGAAUUACAGCAAGCACAUGUUCAUCCACUCCGGUCAAAAACCUCACCAGUGCUCCAUCUGCUGGCGCUCCUUCUCCCUGCGCGACUACCUCCUCAAGCACAUGGUGGUGCACACGGGCGUGCGGGCCUUCCAGUGCACCAUGUGCGGCAAGCGCUUCACGCAGAAGAGCUCGCUCAACGUGCACAUGCGCACGCACCGCGCCGAGCGCACCUUCCAGUGCAACGUGUGCCAGCGGGCCUUCACCCACCGCACCCUGCUGGAGCGCCACGCCCUGCAGCACGCCGCGCCCGGACGCGCCGCCGACAUGACCUCGUCCGCCAAGCGUAGCCCUCCCGCCAUGGGGGUGCCCUCAGGUAUGGCCGGGGCGGCCGGCAUGGUGGGCGGCAUGGCCAACAUGCCGGGCCACGGCGCCGUGUCCAACUAGAGCCGCCGGCGAGGGGGGCGUGGCGCCGGGACGGAGGUGGGGGGCACCGCUCACGUGACUUGACUCUAGUCGGCGCUUUUGACACUCGGAACUUGCGUGGCUAUAAAUUUGACUUGACUCUUGACUUUUGUUGGCUAAAUGAUUCCCAACUUUUUUUUUUAUAUUAGAAAAACAUCAAUGCACACCACCAAUUAAUUUUUUUUGCCAUUGCUUGUGACCCAAAAAUUU